AUUAGUGGCAACGCUGUUAUUAUCAUGGAAAAGAUAAACAAGUGUAUAAAAAGAUUAGAGUAAUAUUAUACUUUAAAAAUAAAUUACCUCUGAAUAGUAACCUCUUUAACAUUCCACUUGAUCGUAAACAUUAUUUUUGUUGCUUACUUUUCCAAUACGAAACAAAGAUUUUAAAAUGUCCCUAUCCCGGCCAGUUUACUCACUACUAGGUGUAUAUUUGGAGCAAUUGUUUAAUCACCCGGUUCGAACAAAAUCUAUAACGGCUUCCGCCCUAGCAGCUUCAGCCAAUUAUACCUCACAGCGUAUGUCCGGCCAAAAAAAUGUUAAUCAAAAGAGUGUCAUAGCGUAUGCUCUAUUUGGUUUGCUUUUUGGGGGAAGUGUGCCUCAUUAUUUCUACCAAACGAUGGAAAAAUUAUUUCACCAAGAUGUUAAAUUCAGAAAAUUUUUCCAGUUUAUUUCUGAACGUUUGAUAUAUGCACCAUUUUAUCAAGUUUUGUCGUUGUACUUUCUGUCAAGGUUUGAAAUGAAUUCCCAUCAAGUUGCAAUGGCUAAUUUGGAAAAACUUUAUUGGCCCUUGUUAAAAGCAAAUUGGCAAUACCUGUCAUUGGCUGUUUUUCUUAAUAUGUACUACAUUCCUCCUAUGUUUCGCACUAUAACCAUGAGUUUGGUUUCCUUUAUUUGGGUUGUAUAUAUUGCGCACAAACGUCGUCGUUUCCAAGAAAAGCAAGCCGGCGAUAGUAAAUCAAAAUAAAAAGAUCUUUUCGCUUUUCAUUAGUUUUUAGAAUAUUGGUGAAUGUUUUAUACAGUACUUUUACAAACUGUUUUAUUGAAAUUUAAUGGUUACAAUACAAUAAUAUGUUUAGUAAAUAUA